UUCCCCGAAUACACGGCCCCCGUAAACAUUGAGGAAAGGCCCAGCUGCGGUCACAGUGAGCUCUCGGCCCCCCGGUCAUUCACACCUCCAGCGGGCAGAGUCCAGCAUUCAGUCCAACACCAUGGCAAGCGGAAACCAGGCACCUGGUGUGUUUCUGGCUUACCUACUGCUCCUUGCUCUGUACCCCAGCCCCACAGACACGGCCAGUGUACGAUGCUACACUGCAAUGGACCGCAGCACAUUCACCUGCACUGACCUGAUCGCGGACAACAUUAAGGAAGAAGUCUGCUGUCUGAACCCGAAUUACUGCUUCCAGAGGAAUUCCGAUGGCAAAUCAGUCCUGUGCUGGCCGGUGUCGGACUGGAGUGAGUGGACGCAGUGGUCACGCUGCUCGGUCACCUGUACGCCAGGCGUGCAGCAGCGCCGCAGGGCCUGUCUCGGUAUCCGGGAAUGCCGCAAGGAGGAGACGCUGCAGGCUCGACCCUGCGUGGAGAAGCCGUGCUGCCAGACGGAUGGCGGCUGGAGUGCCUGGUCUCCAUGGAGCCCGUGCUCAUUCACAUGCAACACAGGCCGGCAAAAGCGAGAGCGGAGCUGCUCUGAGCCUCCCCCCUCCUGUGGCGGGGGGUGCCCGGGAGCGAGGGAAAGCUACAGAGAUUGUGACACCAACCAGAUCUGCCCCACUCAUGGAUCCUGGUCAUCUUGGGGCCCCUGGGGACUUUGCAGCGGGACCUGCAAGCCGGAGGGGUCGGGAGCGGUUCCUACUCGCCAGCGAAGACGCACCUGCAGUAACCCCCCACCCUCGGUAAACCCACCCGGCCGGAUGUGUCAGGGGAAUGCUGAGGACAACAGCCUCUGCCAAUUCCUGCCCUUCUGUCCCGUGCCUGGUAACUGGGGGCCAUGGGUUAAAAGUGGCCCUUGCCCUGUGUCCUGUGGCAUUGGGAAGGUGACUUACCGGAGAUCCUGCGACAAGCCAGCACCCAGACAUGGGGGGGCGUACUGUUCCGGCAGUGACAACACCCUCACAGUGUGCAACACAGAUACUCACUGUCCAGUGGACGGCCUGUGGACCACGUGGAGCCGCUGGUCUUACUGCCAACGACGCACCUUCAACAUCAGCUGUAACGAGUACCCGGGGCAGCAGAAGCGAACAAGGUAUUGCCGGGGGAGGAAUCAUGGUGGUCAGCCCUGUCGCGGCAGCAUCAUUGAUGUACGCAGCUGUUACGAUGCUGAAGGCUGCUUUUAUGGAAAAGGCGUCUGGACGGAUUGGGCAGGCUGGGGACUGUGCAAACCGGCCUGUGGAGAGGGCAGUGUUCAGAGCCGCAAACGGAGCUGCGAACCCACUUACCCUCCCUACGCGAAACAGAGGGGGGAAGUGGAGCUGGUACCGGUAGUGUUCUCAGGAGAACCCAGAUACUAUUGUGAGCAGCUGGACGGCCAGGAGUGGGAGGUGGUUCAAACCAAACCCUGCCACAACGUCCCCGCGUGCGACUGAUCGAGGUUGGAGUCACGGCGACGCAAGUCAACCACGCACUGUGGCACCGUUCUCUCACACACAAUGACCGUCACUGAGACACCAUUCACGCACACACAAUGACCGUCACUGGGUUACGGGUCUCACACACACACUGACUGUCACUGGGACACAUGACACAGACACACUGCCCUUCAUGGGGUCACACACGCACACUAACUGUCACUGGGACACCAGUCACACGCACACUGACUGACUGUCACUUGGACACAGGUCACACAGAUACUGAUCGUCACCGAGACAUGGGUCUCUCACACACACUGACCGUCACCGAGACGUGGGUCUCUCACACACACACUGACCGUCACCGAGACAUGGGUCUCUCACACACACACUGACCGUCACCGAGACAUGGGUCUCACACACACACACUGACCGUCACCGAGACAUGGGUCUCUCACACACACACUGACCGUCACCGAGACAUGGGUCUCUCACACACACACACACUGACCGUCACCGAGACAUGGGUCUCUCUCACACACUGACCGUCACCGAGACAUGGGUCUCUCACACACACACUGACCGUCACCGAGACAUGGGUCUCUCACACACACACACACACUGACCGUCACCGAGACAUGGGUCUCUCACACACACACACACUGACCGUCACCGAGACAUGGGUCUCUCACACACACACACACUGACAGUCACCGAGACAUGGGUCUCUCACACACACUGACCGUCACCGAGACAUGGG